AUGGCACUUAAUUCCUCCUUGACUGGGGAAAUUGGGCAGGCUUAUCCUCUUGUCGGUGUUCCUCAUGCUAAAUUGCCUCUGCCCCUUGACCUGGCACAAGGUCCUAUUUAUGUAAAUGCUAAGCAGUAUCAUGGGAUUUUGAGACGAAGACAAGAGCGUGCUAAAGCAGAGCUUACAAGAAAGCUGAUCAAAGGCAAAAAGCCGUAUCUUCAUGAGUCGCGGCACCUGCAUGCCAUGAGAAGAGCCAGGGCCGUUGGACGGUCGUUUGCUAAAAAAGGGGAUAUCAAUGCUUCGAAUGAUGCAGCUGAAGAGAAAGGCACGAACUCUUGUCCGGCUUCAUCUUCCCAAUCUGACAAUUCAGUGGGCUCUGACCCUUUGACACCUGAAUUUUCUGAAAUCCAGAAUUCAUCUGACGUCGGUUUGGAUUUUCAAGAAAUCUGA